AUGACGACGCUCCAAUACCAACCUGAUCCGGCGGCGGAACCGGAUGACCACUGGGGGACUGUGUUCCUAUCUAUGCGAGAUGCGUCAGGGCAAAUCCCCAUUAAUUACAUAACAUAUCCAGGAGUUUACGUUACAGAAGCCUGCUUUGCCAAUGGAGUCUACGAUGACCUCCCGACUCAAACAUGUAUUUCGGAUCUGUUUGCAAGCCAGUUCCGCCGUUUGAUCAUUGAUCUAUACUGGGACAACAUCAAUCGCCAAUUCAGUCUGUGUCCAGUCGAGCUUCCGCCGCUGGUAGGCAAUGCGACUGCUGGUUACAGCGUGGAUACGUCGGCUCUAUAUUCAAUCACGGCGUCGACUUCCCUUACCACUCCUCUUCCAACCCCCACAGCAGGGUCAAAUGCAACGGUGUCUCUUGCUCCUCCUCUCGAAAAGCGGCAGUCUUCGUCACCCUUGGUCGGCAACUCUACGUCGCUGAUUGCCACGACCACUCCCACAAGCAGCCGUAGUACCACAAUUUCCACGAGCGAUGUGGCCAUCCCAACCUCAACUGGUGUUACAGGUGGAACUUUACUCCAAUUGGGACCUUACAUGUGUAGCCUGGAUUUGAACAUCGGUGCCGUCAUUUCCUUGUACACUGAUUACUUUGACCAAACCUCAGACACCAUCUCGGCACGAUUACAGUUCCUUGACAUCAAGUUACACGCCGCGGCGCCAUUCACCAAUCCUUCCUCGCCUGCACAGACACCAAUGCCGGGCCGACUGCCUCGUUCUGAUGAGCUUAUAGGAGCCCAGUUUGAAGCUGCGCUCAGCAGGAAUAUAUACACUCCUCAAAACUUACAAGAUGAUCGAAAAGAUCUGAACAAGUCGUGGUUCCGUGAUGAUUACAAAGUACCCACAGAUGCAAAUUACUUUCGUACGGUGGAAGCAGAAAAGGACGGCAUCGUUUCAACACCAGACGGCUGGCCUGGACAAAACUGGAUCCUCCUCACUGACAGCCGAAGGCUCCUACUGAGCUGGGAUGAAAUCGAUCCACAGAUGGCAGAGUAUGACUUUGUGAGCGAGUCGAGCAACGUCUUCAACGCGAGCGAGCUGAUUCCAACUCCGCCUGUCGAGUGGAGCGACAGCGGGGAGGUGACCUCAGGCUGCUAUUACCAUUCAGGUGAAACGACUGUCGCUCAGACCAAUGCAUCUUGGGCGGUUGCAGCCAUCCAGGACACGAGCUCAAAUGCUCUCCCCAUCCUUGCCGAAGACUUAACGGCAUGCGGCUUCUCGUCCAUCAUGAAAAUGACGCUUGGCAGUUCGUCCGUUCAGAACAAUUUGAUCUCCUACCAGAGUUUUGCACAAUCAACGGUGUUUGGAUGGGCUCCAGGAGAGCCACGAAAUACGACUUCAGCCAACGGCAAGAACACAAAUGACGACCUUCGGUGUGCAGUGAUCGACGCAACUAGCCGAUACCAGGGACGUUGGCGGUUGGAGUCGUGCCAGAAAUCACGGAGAGCUGCAUGUCGCAUUGCAGGCCAACCAUAUGCAUGGCGUCUUUCCACGUUCGAUGUUCCAUAUAGUGCGGCUCCAGAUGCAUGUCCAGAAGAUACCUCGUUCGACCUCCCGAGGACGGGGCUUGAAAACACAUACUUGCACCGGCAGAUAUUGAACGACACGAAUCCGCGAGAUGAUGGUUCAGACGGGAUCUUGUCAGGUGUCUGGAUCAAUUUUAACUCUCUAGACCAAGCCAACUGCUGGGUGCUCGGCGGUCCCAAUGCAACAUGCCCUUACUCCGACUUUAAGCAGGAAGAACAGCAGAGACAGAUCCUCAUUCCGACGAUAGCGGCACUGAUCAUCCUGAUACUGAGCGUAUUGACGAUCCUGGUCAAAUGUAACCAGAACCGAAGGAAUAGCAGAACGCGGAGAAGAGGAGAUAAUGGGUGGGAGUACGAGGGCAUUCCGUCCUGA